GCCCAGACAGCCCGGUUCAGGCACGGUCGUACAGCACUUCUUUUACGCUCCUUACUACAAAUACAACAUCCUGUGAAAGUAUAUAAAAUAAUUAUAGCAUUACCACAAAAAGAAAUAAAAGGCGACUGAACAAGUGUCGGCAUAGUAGCAAACAUUUUUUCCCCUAAAAAAAGAAAUAAAGAUGGCAAGGAAGUUUUCACGCGAGGUGCUCGGCUCGCAUAGCAUAGCACGCGCAGCAGCAGACGCUUCCUCUGCGUGGUGAGCCGGCAGUCUUUACCACAGCUGAGAUCUGUUCAUUAAAAAAUUGCCAUCAGCUGUUAACAAUGGCAUCGUACUUCGAUGAGCACGACUGCGAGCCGUUGGGCCCAGGACAGCAACCAGACCACCUGCUUCAUCUGGCAAGAUUGCUAAUUGAUGGUGGAUUCGGAGCCAGAUUUGAUAUGGAGUACCAUAGGAUAUUUCCUGACCAGCCGCACAAGCCGCCAGCGUCCAAGCAGGCAAUUAAGUCGCUCAAACGGACCCCUGUUGACGAAACAGGUAAAAAAUGCCCUGUUUGCUUGAAGGAGUUUAGCCAUGAAGAAGUUGUGACGGAGCUGCCCUGCUGCCACUACUUCCAUGAUGAUUGCAUACUUCCAUGGCUGAAAGUGGUGAACACUUGUCCAGUGUGUCGCCACGAGCUGCCCACAGAUGACCCAAACUACGAGGAACUUAAGGCCCAAAAGGGUCAACCAACUAAGCCAGAACCAAGCAAACCCUAACCCAGUGUUAAAUCCGAACGAAUGAAGCAGCGCCAACAGGCCAUAGAAGAACUCCACAACUCCAUGUUUGGAUGACUAAAUCAGCUUUUACUGGAACAGUGAAAAGAAAUGCGUCCUAUGUACA